AUGGCAAGGCCACAAACUCCUUCAAUCUUCUACCUAUUUUUACCUUUCCUCUAACCAUUUUCAAGAUUCUUCACUAACCCUUUUUCCUAAGCACCCCCAAUUUGAUCCUACAUUGUUAAAAAUAAAAUGAAGGUUAUUGAGAAAAUUCAAGAAUCUGUGAAAGAUGACAGAGUGGUUUUCUCUUUUGAGUUUUUUCCACCAAAAACUGAAGAUGGGGUUGAUAAUUUGUUUGAAAGAAUGGAAAGAAUGGUGUCACAUAACCCAUCCUUUUGUGAUAUUACAUGGGGUGCUGGUGGUUCAACAGCAGAUCUGACUCUUGAAAUUUCAAAUAGGAUGCAGAAUAUGGUGUGUGUUGAGACAUUGAUGCAUUUGACUUGUACAAAUAUGCCUGUUGAGAAAAUUGAUCAUGCUCUUGAAACUAUUAAGUCUAAUGGGAUUCAAAAUGUUCUUGCUCUUCGUGGAGAUCCUCCUCAUGGACAAGAUAAGUUUGUUCAAGUUGAAGGUGGCUUUGCUUGUGCUUUAGAUCUGGUAAAGCACAUGCGGGCCAAGUAUGGGGAUUACUUUGGGAUCACUGUUGCGGGUUACCCAGAGGCGCAUCCUGAUGUUAUACCUUCAACUGGACUAGCUACACUAGAGACAUACGAAAACGAACUUGCCUAUCUCAAACAAAAGGUUGAUGCUGGAGCUGAUCUCAUUGUAACUCAACUCUUCUAUGAUACUGAUAAUUUCCUCAAGUUCGUCAGUGAUUGUCGUCAAAUUGGGAUAACUUGUCCCAUUGUUCCAGGAAUCAUGCCCAUCAACAAUUAUAAGGGCUUCUUGCGCAUGACUGGAUUUUGCAAAACUAGGAUCCCGGCAGAGAUUACAGCUGCCUUGGAACCUAUUAAGGAUAACGAAGAGGCUGUCAAAGCAUAUGGAAUUCACCUUGGAACUGAAAUGUGCAAGAAGAUUAUGGCCAGUGGCAUUAAGACAUUGCAUCUUUAUACAUUAAACAUGGAGAAAUCAGCAUUGGCCAUUUUGAUGAAUCUUGGAUUGAUUGAAGAGUCCAAAAUUUCUAGGCCACUACCUUGGAGACGUCCUACAAAUGUUUUCCGUAUCAAAGAAGAUGUCCGUCCUAUAUUCUGGGCCAACCGUCCGAAGAGCUACAUCUCAAGAACCAUUGGUUGGGAUGAGUUUCCACAUGGCCGAUGGGGCAAUGCUAAAAAUCCGUCAUAUGGAGCACUUAGUGAUUAUCUGUUCAUGCGGGCACGCUCACGUGAUAAGAAACUUCAAGAGGAAUGGGCUAUUGCUCUCAAUAGUGUGGAAGACAUCUAUGAGAGAUUUAUGAACUACUGUCUCGGGAAGCUGAGAAGUUGUCCUUGGUCUGAGUUAGAUGGGCUUCAGGCAGAGACAAAGAUCAUCGAUGAUCACUUGGGUAAUAUAAACUCGAAAGGUUUCCUGACUAUUAACAGCCAACCAGCAGUUAAUGGUGCAAAGUCCGAUGCUCCUUUAGUUGGAUGGGGUGGUCCUGGUGGAUUUGUUUAUCAAAAGGCAUACUUAGAGUUCUUUUGCUCGCGUGAGAAGUUAAAUGCUGUUAUCGAAAAAUGCACGGCUUUCCCCUUCCUUACCUACAUGGCUGUGAACAAGAAAGGAAACUGGAUGUCCAACGUCAACCAAGUCGAUGUCAAUGCAGUGACAUGGGGCGUCUUCCCAGCUAAGGAGAUUGUACAACCAACCGUCGUUGAUCCUGCCAGCUUCAUGGUAUGGAAAGACGAGGCAUUUGAAAUCUGGUCAAGAGGUUGGGCUCAAUUAUACCCCGAGAAUGAUCCAUCUAGAACAUUACUCGAACAGGUUCAAAACAGUUACUUCUUGGUCAGCCUUGUCGAUAACGAUUACAUCAAUGGAGAUUUGUUUGCCAUCUUCAAGGAUAUGAUCUGCAAUUAG